UCCUGCUCCAUUCCUCUCUUUUUUUUUUCAACAGGACACUAGGUUUCCCAGGCAACUAGGGCUCCAAUCACCCCGGCCAGCUGCAGAUUAGUUCAGCGGUGGGGGGUUGUGGUGGUCGGAAAGGAGGGGGUGAUGAUGGAAAAUGGAGAGGGAGGAGAGAGAGAGAGAGAGAGAAGGAAGGAGGGGGGUGGGAAAAGUUUGAGAAGGGGAGAGAGGAAGGAGAAAGAGCCGCUAGCGUCAGUGAGAGAUAGGAGUCCGAAUGAGUGAGUGAGUGAGUGUGUUUGGGAGCGGAGAAAGACUUGUAAACACUUUAGCCCCCGAGGCUGGACUGCAGGAGGGAUCCCCCCUGACACUGUGUCCUUUUUUUUCAAACUUUCUUUUGGUGCGCCGGUGGAGCUGCGUCUUUCUCUGUGUGGGAGGUACAGGCAGGGGCUAUGCAAAGUGAGAGAAGUUGGAGGCAGGGGUAGGAGAGUGCAAACCGGGGAAGGGAAAGAGAGAGAGAGGGGGGUAGAAGAAGAAGAAGAAGAAGAAGAACUAGCCUGAAGGAAAGAUAUCAUGCAAGUGGAUGCUGUCUUCUGCAGGAUCAGGUUUCACAAAAUGAGAAACUACUCCAGGAGCACAUCAUCAGGGCUCACCAAGCUCAGAGAGGUAACCAAAAAUGAGAUUUCCUUUUAUGCAGCUUUGUGAAAACACAGUGAUUUAUUUGAUAUAGUUUCUAACCAUUCAAAAGACUCAAACACCUAAACCAAAGUCAUUCGUUUUAGGUGUUCUCAUUGAUAUGGAUCUACUGAGUUUUCUAACAUGUUGUCUUAGUGUGAAUGUACUUGCAGAGUGUCUGUGUCUUCCUUGUUUGAAGUAAUGUGGACAUGGAUGUGGUUUUCUCUCUGUUUAUUUAAGCCGUAUUUCAUUGUGGACUGCUGUGGCUCCAGUUAAAGUAUGUCUAAGUGUUGCUCAAGUAGCCGGUCUCAAACUGUCUGCACCAAGUCCAUUACUGCUGCCCACAAGAGACUCACUGAUCUGAACACACGUGAGCACACACACACAGAGACACAAACAUACACACACUGAAUGGCUGUCAGCUCUCAUCUACUUACUAAAUGAAAACAAAAUAAAGAUGGACGGUUUGGUGACCAUUUAGAUUACAGUUGAACCCUCGCAUUCCAGAGCAGCUUUUUAAAGGGAGAGAGAAAGAGAGGCGAGAGACGUGAGAUGAGCUUUCUUCACAGUGAACAAAGGCACCUCUUCACGCAGAGGUCCAGGGCUUGUAUUGUUGUGAGCUGACAGGCAACGGGGGGAAACCUCCAGAGGGGGGACAGAUGAGUGGAGACUCAGGUGGCUCUAAAAAGUGAACUUUGCAAAGAUUGGGAACAGGAAUUUGUUUGCAGUUUCAUAACCGUGUAGUACAGAGACUCUGCAUGUGAGGUCUUCAGUGUCUGAGCAAACAAAGUGGAAGAGUAGUGGAGGUAUCCCAUAAUUUCGAUAAAAGACGGUUUUGUUUCCAACAUCUUGACAGAAUCACAAACAAACAGGAAAUGGUGAAUUUUAGAUGAGUGGAAGAUGCAGUUUGUUUGAACCCCUCGCCCCACAGAAAUGACCACUUACUGCCAAUUUGAGUUCAUCUUUGAUCAUAACCAAGAGAAAAAAUGAUGACGCUUGAAUAGGGAAAUGAUUCAUAUCCUUCACUGACUGGUGUGCACACCAUGUGGAGUAAUUUUGAAAACAAUCAACAUUUGUUUGGAUUUUUCUGCAGAAUUCAGCCUCAAGGCCAACAAAACAUCUGGAAUACAGUCACUGUCUCAUGAAAUAUUUUUAUGAAAUCUUCUGUUUAUUAAGGGAUUGCUUACUUUCUACCACCAAGUGGCAAUUGUGUGAACUGCAGAAAAUAGUAAGCAACUUGAAAUAAGAAAUAAGUGGUUUUUACCGUAAACAGCAGGAGUUUUUCCCAACUCAGUUAAUGUGCAAACCUCAUUAGUUGCUCUUUUAGUAUACACAGAUCAAGAAAUGUCUGUUGCAUGACUGAACCCAAACAAACAUGUUGGACUUGGUGUGUUUGCUUGUGCUAUUCACGUGAAAUGUACCUAUAGAAACAAACAAUUUCACAAAUGCAGUACUAUUAAGGUCCUUACACACCGGGAACAAUGCAAAUAUACGACGCGAAAUUACAAAAUAUUCUGAGGCGAAUUUUGACGCUCCUGACGAUACACAUCAUGCGCAAUGCGAUUUUGCGACUUUCCCAGGUAGAAGCGAGAAGACUGAGACAACAGCAGACUGACUGUUUUUCAGUUCUGAUUAGACUCUAGUGCUGAGAUGUCUGUCUGUCAUGAUAGCAUGUACUGAGUCGGAGCCAGUACUAGAUAAGCACAUUAAACUAUAAUCCAUAAAUGUAAGGUAACAACCGAGACUUAAUGGUGCUGUAAAAGGAACGUCAUUGAGUUUGAGACAGUGAAAAUACAUAUGGUAUGUUGUAUCUGAACAGGUUAGCUUACGAGCUAAAGUUACUUAGCACAGAUGAAAGUUAAAACAAAGACGUUUAGCAAACUGUUAAAGCACACAAACCAUCAUCAUAUGAGAAAUCCGAUGCUGUGACUCUCCACAAGGUUGUCCUUCAGGUUGUUAUCUUUGUAAUAUUUGUGUUUUUUAUCAAAAAGUACUCUGAUCUCUGACACGUAAACAAUCAGCCAGUCGGCCAUGUUGGAUAUACCAGUGAAUCUGACGUUGCAACAAAACGAAAUCUGAUUGGUCAGAAGUGGACACACAGUAUGUGAAACUUUAGAAAAUUAGACUGUGAUCCAAAAAAUUAAAUGCUGCAAUAUCGUAGGACGGGAAAACGUCGCUGAUGUGAACGCUUGUAUUGACAGGAUACGGGUUCGAAAAGAAAUAUUGACAUGUCCGAAAUAAUCGCAUGAAAAAAACGGUCCUGGUGUGAAAGGACCUUUAGAGUUCCAAUACCAUAAAUACCUACCCACCCACCCCCCCCCCCCCCCACCCCCCCCAAUCCUCAACCUAAAAAAUAAGUACUAUCAGUUGCAUCCAAGACAAAUUUCUCCCAAGGUCUUGAGCUUGAUUUUUCUUGAAUUUUUUUAUUGUACUGAACAAAGAUGUACAAAAAAUGAUAGCACACAUCUGGGUAUUAGAUUUGCUAUGUUGGUCUGUGUAUGGAGACUUCUUGGAUUUAAGUCGAAUGCUGCUCUGUUACAUGCCACACCACAGCACAACAACAGGAAUGUCCUCUGUGUCGUAUAUGCGGUGACCCCUUAGAGAUGGUUAUCAAUCAGCUCACGUAAUCCAUCUCUGCAGCCUGUUUAGGUCUUUAAGUUCAACUCACUUGGCAAUAAUUAAACCCAAAACAGAGAUCUUUUAAACUGAAACAUUUGAUAAAACGUGUUUUACUGUGAUAGUAGCUGAGAAAUGGAGCUUUAUUUACUGUGUUAUUUUCAGACUGGCAUAAAUGACCAGCUUCAGAGGGUUAUUAGGAGUUUUACUGACCAGAUAUCAACAUUCCUCUGCUCUCCUGUUUCUGCCCGUCCUCAGGUUGUAUUUGCUCAAUUGGGUAAGGUUGAGAGUUUAUUGAAUUGAGGCUGGCUGACUCUCCGGCGCUGUGAAGGGAGGGUUUAUAGAGCUGGAGAUAAAGAGACAGGGCCUGUCUGUCUGCAAGUCAGCAAGGUUGUAAUAAGCAGGCUGGUGUGGAGCCAUUGUGUGAGUGUUUGAGCGUGUGUGAGUGUGUGAGCGUGUGUGUGUGUCUUACAAGAGUUACUAUCACACACACAUAAUGGUCUGUCAGUUUGGGUCAGUUGUUUACAUUCUGAGUUAGGGGCAGAAGCGAGAUGUCUGUGUGGCAGAAGAGAGGGUAUGUGUGACCUUUGGUGCAUCACUCAGGAUAUUCUCACACUCAGUCAUCCCAUCUGUGUGAUUCAUUUUACCCUCAGACACACACUCAUCUCCUCAUCAGGGCACCUUCUUGUCUUGUUUAAUAUUUUCCUCUAUUUUUUCCUCUUUUUUCUCUCUUUUUAAACUAAAUUUUAGUCUUACUCACACUCAUGGCAUUCCCUCUUCUAUCUUUUCACUGUCUCUGACUCAUUUUCUUGCACACUCACAAACAAAACCUGCAACACAUGCAAAACAUGAGGUCCUGUAUCGACUCAGUGGAGAAUAUUUUUGUUAGUAUGCAUGCUUCGUCAGGGGAGGGAAAUCAAAGUCCUGAAAACUUCAACAGCAGAUGUUUGGUAUCGUGACAAGGCUGUCGUCUCUUACAACUGAAUCAGCUUGAUUCCUUUUGUUUUUUGGAAAGCUUGCUAAACCGAAGGAAUCAGUCUCGAUAAUUGGUAUGAGUCACAAGAGAGCGCAGACUCAUGCAGGAAAACAGAGUUUAACUCCACAUUGACUGACUGUAUGGGUUUGAUUUGCAGAAAAGUUAACCCUUAACAUGUUUGAUUUCCAUGAACCUGUACAAAGCAUUUCUGGGUACAUUUGUUGAAGCGUGCUGUUCACAGAGUUUUAUGUGCAUGAAUAUAGAAGUCAGCAUACCUAAGAGGUAUUUUUAUGAAAAUCUAAGAGACUUUGCAUGGUUGUACUAAAGCAGAAAGCAUAUCUUUCAGUAGCCGUGUUUACAUGUGCAAAAUUUCUUGAUCCGGUUAAAAAUUUGAGGGAUCGGAUAAUCUGAAUCCACUGUUAUGGGUGCAAAAUCAAAUAAUCUGAUCAUGGCGUUUGUACACAUGCACAAAGUUUUAUUCAGAUAAGAAACAUUUGGACAUGCGCAGAGUUGGCUAAUUUUUACUAAAACAACCACAGAAGAAGAGUUGUAUUUACGCCUGUGCUGUCAACAAACCAACAAAUGCGGUAGUGGCUCACUCCAUCCAAUUCAGGAGUUUUCCCCUUGUUAAAUGUUGUCACUAGAUGGCGCCCUUGCAUAUUUAUUUUACUGUUCUGUCAAACGUUGUUCAGUGCGUGCAGAUGUGACAUCAUUACGCUUUAUGUACCCCUUGCUAUGUUCCCAGAGGCCAUAUUUAUUUUGUAGGAUAGUAGGGGAAAGUCCCGCCUCCUUCGCCUCUGAUUGGCUACUGGCUGUUGGCUCUGUACAUCAAACAGAACAACAGAACAUUACAGAACAUUAUCGCACUCCUGAAUCUCCUUACUUUACCCUAACCCUAACCCUAAUCCUAACCCUAACCCUAACCCUGGCCUCAAUGAGUAAGCCAAAGGCUAAAGAGUGAAGACCGAGUCAGAUAAGAGAGUCAAGAUCGGAAUAAGUGUUUACAUGGACGUGUUUCAGAAUAACGAUCGGCAUAAACCACCCCUCUAGAUUGGAAUACAAUUUCUUCCCGAUUGAGUCGAAUUGGAUCAGAAUCUUCCAAUCGACAUGUUUACAUGAUGCAUCUUUAUUCUGAUCUGGCAUUUAUUCUGAUUAUUUGUGCCCAUGUAAACGCAGCUACUGUGCUGAUUUCAAGACUUCAUGUUUUGUCAUGUGUUUCGUCUCUGUGAGUGUGUGUAGUUUUGGUUCCAUUGCACUUGUAUAACAGUGGAGGACCAGUGACCAAAAAGGGAGCAUUUUUAUUGGUCCCCUGAUGUUCAUUCUUUUCAUUAUUCAUUCAUUUUCUUCUGCUUGUCUCGGGUCAGCCACAGUGGCAGCAGUCUGGGCAAGUCAACCCAGACAUCCUUGUUUCAGCUCCUCUUUGGGGAUCCCAGGCUAGAUGGGAUAUUUGAUCCCUCUAAAGAGCUUUGGGUCUACCCAAGGGUCUCCUUCUAGUUGGAUGCACCCAGAGGUGCUCAGGAGGCACCUCAGCAGUUUUUUUAAUAUGUGAAGGAGCAAUGACUCUACUUCCUUCUUUCUCAUGUAUUUCCUUGCAUCUGUAAAGCACUCUGAAUGGCCUUGUGUAUGAAUGGUGCUAUACAAAUAAACUUGCCUUGCCUUGCCUAGAGGAAACUGGGGGGUUGGUUUUAGCUAUUUGUACCACAGUCUCAAUGGUUCAUAGCUAUGGGUGAGAGUUGGAGCAGAGGUCAUCAGGUGAAUCUUAAGUUUGCAUUCAGACUCAGGUCCUAUUUACUGUGAUGAUCUGGCAUUGUGUGGCGUGACUUGUGAAGUCCUUCUGUGGCUCUGGUCCAAUGAUUUGUCUCCUUUUUUGCUGACAAAUUGUAUGGCGACUAUCCAAAACAGAGGCUGAAUAGGGGAAAAUGAUACCUUACCCGACGUGCUGGCUGUAUAAACUUCAAAAAACGGGCAGUAUCUUCUUUUGUAGUUUUAUUAUGCAAAAAAGACGAAGCACUUACAUGAAAACAAAAAGAAAGGCAGUCGUUCAAUAUCAGGCGAAACAUAAGCGAAGAAAGUAGGACCCAUUCACCUCCUUUCCAUUCAUCCACAAAACCUGCCAGGUGGACAGCUGGCUUCAAUACUACUGGUGCUGACGUUCUACCUCCACCCCCACCACGUGACUCUCAUCCCCCUUUAUAACAAAAGUCAUGGCUACCACAAAGAACUGGCAUCUACAGGCACAAUACCUGCACCAAUGCUGGUUCAGUCCCAUUCCGCCUGUCAUUAUGGAUCCUAAGAUACUUGAAAACCUCCACUUGGGGAAAAACAAAAACAAAUCCUCACUCAGAGAGCAAUCCAUUCUUUUCAGACUUUUCUCAUUUUAACCGGACCAAAGAUGACAGACAUGUGUCUGGGUGUUUCAUUUGGAAACACGUUAAAAUGAUUAGAAAUUUACCUUCAAAACUGAGAGGUCCUAAAAGAAUUUUAUACUGGAACUAGAUGUGGGAGUUUGUUUAAGCUUUUAUGCCUUCAUUCAUACGUCUGAUAGUGCAGUAAACAGAGUAGGGAACUGGGAAAGACAUUGUGGGUUGAAAUACAGUGAAGGAUUUAGGGUCAAAAUUGAACCGGCCUCUUUCUCACACGGGGUAUACGGCCUAACUGCUGAGCUAAGCAACGCCUGUGGAUCAAAUUUUAUACACUUUUGUCUAGAAUCUACGUUUUUUACAGAAAAGAAAAAGACUAACAGUCCCGAGUAUCUGAGUUAAAAAUGUGUUAUUGUGAGUCAGUGUAUCUCGUGUGACAUCUGUCUUCUCUAUUCUUCUCUGCUCAGUAACGUGACAGCAGGGCUUUAGGAGGUUACAACCCCCCCUCUUCACCCCUCCUCUUACAGGAACUGGCUUUGGACGGGCACUCUGCAGGUUGGCCUGCAACUUUAAGACCCCGCCGGGUCAAUCUCCUGCCGCCCCAGAGCUGCUGUUGUUACCAUAGCGACGCGCUCAGAAAGAAUGUGUCCUGUGGUGAUGGUGAAAGAAUCCCUCUUGUUUUAAAGUUAUGGUGAUGUGGGGAAUUGUCUGUGUUGAUAGUAGAUGGCCGUGGAUUUAAGUCAUGAUUGAAAACAAGCCUCUCCCCCUCCUCACUCUCACACACACAGAUGCACGGAUAAUACAUACCAUCUUAGACCCCUGCAACCCUGUCCUUGUAGGAGUCAAACUAACACAUGAACAUACAUAUGCAUGAGGAAUGAAAACCAUCACACUGGAUGAUGGAGUUAUCUGGCAGAUGGUUAUAAUUUUUUUUAUUAAGAUCAGUCUUUGACCCUGAUACACACACGCAUAUUUAUGCACAAUUCUUCUCCCACUAUCUGCCGCUUGCAAGCUGUUGCUCUGUCUGGCAGUUUUUCUGCUUUGUGCCUGAGCUGAAAUAUACGGUGGCCCUGAUGUGCAAAACACAACAGCAAAACAGAAAACACAACACAAAAAUAGAAAACAUCACGGCAAAUCAGAAAACACAACACAAAAGGAGAAAACACGAAUCAAAAAUAGAAAACACAACACAAAAAAAAUAGAAAACAUAACACAAAGAGGGAAAAAAGGCAAAUCAGAAAACACAACACAAAAAGUGAAAAAAAAACACAAAAAGAGAAAACAAAACAAAAAUAGAAAACACAACGGAAAAACAGCAAAAACAUAAUACAAAAAGAAAAAAAAGGCAAAUCCGAAAAAAGACAGAAAAAGAAUAAAACAAAACACAAAAACAAAACACAACAGCAAAUAAGAAAACAAAAACAGAACAGAAAAUACUACACAAAAUGAGAAAACAAUGGUUAAUGUUGUUGUGUUUUCUCCGAUUUGCUGUUGUGUUUUCUCUUAUUGUGUUAUGUUUUCUGUUUUGUUAUUGUUUUCUCUUUUUGUGUUUUGCUUUCUAAUUUGCCGUUAUGUUUUCUCUUCUGUUGUCUUGUUUUCUUAUUUGCUGUUGUGUAUUCUCUUUUUUGUUGUGUUUUCCCUUUUGUUGUUGUGUUUUCUCUUAUUGUGUUGUGUUUUCUGAUUUGCCAUUGCGUUUUGCACCUCAGGGCCUCCAUAGAAAAGAUCUUGAGUCUUGACUUCAGUUUUUGUCCUGCUGUAUUGUUCACACAGACUACACUUCAGGUUAUUUAAGUAGGGGUUAUUCUGUAAAGAGUUGUGAAGAUUAGGCUGCUAUAAUUUAAUAGCAGGGUGCGAGAUGUGGGCUCGGAGUAAACUGAUUCUGAUGAAGCCCAGAGUUUCCAUCUUGGUUUUGCUUUGUGAUUUGUGCCCAUUUGGAGCGUGCUGCAUUGGCAUUGACCCCGAGCAAACACGUGCAGGCGGACUCAAACACAGACAUGGAAAUAAAAACCAGGACAAGCACAGACACAUGGACACAAAGACAUGGCCACACACAUACUGCAACAUCCAAAGACAUUCUGUCCAUGGAACUGAACAUGCAUUUACCAUUUCCUUCACAUCCCGUCCUUGGAAAAAGAACCUGUAUGCCGUCUGUGUCCAUCUGUAUCCCAAGUACGAACUCAAAGUGGCCUCACAGUUCAGUGAAUAAGGCGUGGGUUGCCUUGUUAUAAUGUGGAAGGUCACUCCAUGUUUUGUUAGUUUCAUCAUGUGUAACUUGUGUGCAAUUGUCGAGAUGGAAAACCUGAAAGAGCAGUGACCUACAAAUAGUUGAAGGAGUUUCAGUCGACUUCUCUUCUGUUUCCUUCUCUUUUCUUCAGCAACGGCUGAGAAUGAGAAGAAUUUUGUUUACCUGUUAAUUAAGAGAUCCACUCUAUAAUGAGAAUUAAAACAACGUCUGGAGGUUCAACCAAGUGUAACAACUUAAUGAGUAGAUAGUGCAGACUCAGAGGAGCUUUGAUCACACCAAAUCAUAUCUAAACACCGUCUUGUUAAGUUUCAGAGAAGGGAAAGCAGUAGUUAUGUCAUUGUCUGUCUCCAGUGUAAUGAUGCUUACAAUCAUAUCUCGCUUUCUCACACGGCUAUAUAAAGUCAGAUUGUUCCUGCAGCUCUGGUUGAUGUAAAUCUAUAUCAGAAGAAUUGGAAUAAAAAAAGACUGAUGAUGGAAAAGCUAAGAUAGAAUAAAAAUCUAAACAAUUUUUGACUAAGCUCUUUUGUUGUUAAAGCCGAAAGCAAUAAAAGAGCUUAAAAAGUAGUUCAACAACUCUUGUUAUUCUGGUUUAGACGAGCAUGGGUUCAACACAGACAUCUCCAGCAUGCAUAGCCUUUCCACUUAUGUCCCUCAAGUAUUUCUCUGCCUUAAAUUCUACCUACAAAGCAUAACAGACGUAUGUAUAGUACAGCUUGUCCUUUAGUUAUAGGUUUGGCUUACUUCAGGGUUUGACAACCUCGUAGAUUCACUAAGUUUUUUCGUUCACUGGCGGUCUUGGCCGGGGGCCACAGUUGUCGGUCACGGGGUGUGUGGAGGUCAAAAUAGUCAACCCUGACUCUGACUCGGGAGUUUACACUCCGGAAGAGCACUUUCCCAAGCUCUCGCCUUGCUCUGCUCUCUUGAGGAUUGGCGGGUGAAUUAUAAAAAAAUCUGUUUUUAUACAGGCGUGCAGAGGAGCCGAGGAGCGGGGAUAGGAUGGGGGGGAGCUCUGGUGGGAAUUCUCAGGCAGAUCCCUCAAAAAGUGAAGAAGGGAGAAAACAGGAAGGAGAAGGAAAGAAGAGGACUUUGGCAUCGCAGCUCAGCUCGGCUCAGAGACCGCGGCUUGGAGGAGAAAUUUGAUCCAGGGCUGGAGAAUAAUGUUAGUUUCUGAAGCAGCCAGGUUAUUGUUAAAAGGAUCUGUAGGUCUCCUCAGUGCUGCACGUUUACUGCGGCUGAUCUGGUUUUAAAGAGGGAAGGUUUUACCAUUAGGCUUUAAAAUCCCACAUUGUGUGUCAGCACAAUGUAACAUCAGAUAGCUAUAAAUACUGCUCUCUGCAGGCUGUCUUUAUUCCCUGUGAAUAUUAUGUGACACUUCCUCAUGUGUCUGUAAAAUCCAGGCCCUUUGGGUUAAUGCUAACAGCAGAGACAGGUAUUGUAUGAAGUGUAAGACAUGCCGUGUCUGUCUCCUGUGUCUGAGAGUACAGCUGUGAUUGAAGACGACAGAGGGUAUACCUGUCUAUCACCUUUAUAAACCUCACUCUUUGAGUUUCAUCACCGCCUGCCAAAAAAAAACUGAGCUCAUUUCCAGGAAGAGCUCUAUGGUGUCUUUUGUUUGGCGAGCUUUCCUGUCGGCAGCAUAACUUACACUGUCAGUGGUAAUUCAUGCUUGCUGCAACCACAGCGCGCUAACCACAGGUGCAUUUACUCCAAGGUAUUAUGUUUUAAUACAGGAUGAGGCCAUGAUGUACUCUAAUUCAUGUUUGGAAAGAAGGCAGAAAAAUACAGAAAUAUUCAAAGGAUAGCAGGCUGUAAACGUUUGAAAUUAACUUUUGUCCAAAAUGAGUCAAGAGAUAUUUUCAAUUUAGGGUCUUAUUUGAGCAAAUGACUCGUGGAGUCUUUGCUCUGCCAAGUGAUGGUGUUAAUGAAAAUUUUCAUAUUCUAUGCCUUUUAACAGCAGUCAUGGUAUUUUAUUUGCAGACAAGAUGGGUAAACUUUAAAAAAAAAUGUCUAACUUUGUCGGAAAGCUUUGUUGCUCCCACAUCUAUCAACACUAGAAAAAAAAUGAAUUGUAGGAAAACUUUCAAUCUUGAGAAAAGGUAAAAACAAAUCCUACAUUUAUUCUGAUCAGCAGUUCAGUGCAGCAGGUAUUUUUAUGACACAAAAACAUUUAAAAAAAACAAAAAAACUAUGAAAACGAGGUGAAAAGUGGAAGUUUUUUACGUUUGUUUAACGUCCAUUUGUCUAAGUUUGAGGGGAAACGUAAAAUCCCUCUCUCACAAGACUCAUCACACCUUCAUCCAUAUUUUAACCACAGUUUUCAAGUCUAAUGUUGUACAUACUCUGUAGAGCAGCUAAAGUAAUUGUAUUGUGGUGCUUCACACUGACUAAUCUAAGUUUAAAAGAGGGAAAUGAAAGGUGACCAUAUUCUGACUUCCCAAAAAGAGGACACGACCACAUGGAGGCGGAGUCAUGGAGUCACACAAAGUUAAUUAUGAUAGUUUUUCGGGUCAGAUCGAGUGUCUUUUACGUGCUUCUAACUCAGUAAGUCCAUAUGACACAAAAUAUAAAAUUGCGUACAAAACUGCAGACAUUUGAGGGAUUUUAAGGAAACAAUAAACAACACAAAACUGCAGUAAGAUGAUAAAACGCAUCAUAACUAUAAAAGGACCAGACUUCGUUAUCUUCAUUGAGUACAUGUAGUGGGUUCAGUAAAAGACUUGUCACUACACCUUGGGUAGUGAUAAGUCUUCCGGUCUUCAGCAUUCAGACUUGACGUCAAGGUUCAACUCUGAAAUCUCAUCCAGUGCUCACAGGGUUUGGGGUUCAGUUGGAAUAAGUGGUGAACAGUAAGAUGCUGUCGCAGUUAGGGGCCGCUGUCUUGGUUCUUGCCCUGGUCUUGUGGUCACAGAUAAAGCCCUCAUGUACUUUUAAAAAGUUAACGAUGUUGUUGCCAAGUGAAAAGCUCUAAAAGUACGAUAAUGUGUGGAGAAAUUUUAAGCCCUAUUUACUUUCUCACUCUUGGACCCCUUGUCCAUUUCCUUAAAUUUUGCGUGACUUAUGGAUUAUCUUCCUUGGAAAGUUAAUACAUUCCUAAAUCCUUCAUCGAAAAUAUGGUUUCAGAUACUUUGACAUGACCCAACAGGAACUUUCCUCUGAAGCACGCAAAGACCUCCAGCCCCACAGUCUCUUAGGAUGUUAGCUGCAUCUGGAGUAGUGCUUCAGCUCCAAAUGUACCAAAUGUGAGUCUGUGUAUUUCACAGAACCAGUGUUGGAUGGGGUUGAGAAGUUGAAAAGCAGGCCAUGGGAUGAGUUGGCAUUGGCACUGGUCUAUAUUGCCAGCAGUGUAAUUGGGAGCAGACUACGGAUGACUCAGGAGGAGCUCUGUUGAUGGGAGCUUUCUGAAUUUUGGGGAGGAGGGUCUGUGGGAGGGAGCUGAAGGACAGAUGCUGCAACUCCGCAAUGAGACGUAACGUGACACCCUUUCCCAGAUGGGGGGAUAGAGGGAGAUUUGUUUGCUCUGCCUCCAGGACGGAUUAAUACUCCUCCUUCACUUCAUCUCCCUUCUCAUUGGGAUGAUCCUUUUCUCUGGUGGAGAGACUUCCCAUCACUGAGCGAGCUAAGGCCUCUUUGUGUUUGUUGGCUGUAGGUAAAAAAACUCAGUUGACAUGAAGGAAUUUCUUUAUAAUCCUAUUUUCCACCAGGUCAGUCCAGUUUUUUUUUAACCUCUUCUCAAACCAACAGUAUCCAUAGCUCCCACUUCAAAUUUCUAUUUUGAGGAAAGCUUAUCACUUUGAAGACUUAAGUGCAUCAUUAGCUCGCAGGCCGCUCCAUUUGCAGUCAGCAGAACGUGGAAUGGAAACCACAAACUCCAAAGGAAAAAAAAGAGACCUUCCUCAUAAAAAGCCUGUGGUUAGACUCUUACAGGACGGUCAUUUAUAAGCUCUGACAGGUGGAACAAGUCAGUUGGACUUUUAGUGGGAUUUUGCUGAGUUUGUUCAUGAGUUUUCCUUCCGUUUGCUUCUCUUUUUGACCUUCUGGUUGUCAGCGCUGCGCCAUUUAUCAACAACACAAUUAAAGAAGCCUCUCAAGAAAACUCGCUGUCCUUACAACUUCAUUUCACUCGACACAGAGGUCGGCUUUGCUUCCUCUUCCCUUCAAGUCACAUCAUAUUUUCAUGUGAGAUAAUAGACUUAUCAUACUUUAGAAGCCUCCUAAACGGUGCUGCGUUGUGUCUCUUGGUUGUUUCUGUGCGCUAUAGUUACAUCCUUUGCGUCCGGUUGUAAUUACGGUUUGUUGACACAUUUUUUGAGGUAAUGUGGCCCAUUCCUGCGGCUCUCAGGGGGUUGCACUGUAGACACUCAGGCCGUCAGGAGUCUCAGUCAGAGAUGACAACCACAAUAACAAGAAAUGCUUUAUGUGUGGCGACUGCAAUACAACAAUGGUCUCUGGUGUUAUAUUUAGAGGAGAUUGAUAAGCAAAAAUACAUGCAGGGUAGAAAUUGAUUGUUUGUGGUCGCCCUUUGUCAGUUCCGGUCUGGUUCUUUGGCUAGCCUUGUUUCAAUGCUGUCUCAUGUCCAUCCUCUUCCAACAAUGGAGGGAGAAAUGGAAGGGGGCAAGAGGACAGCGAGGCAGGCUGACUGUCCGUGGUGGUUUGAAUGGACAGUGGGGACUGGGACUGUUUUUGCAUGCAUUCUCCGUUAUGCUUGUUUUGGCCUGACAUGCCAGAUUCUGGGAAGCAUCACAACUUCUUCAUAUCAUAAAAGACAAAUCCCGAUGAUGAACGGUCUUGUAGAAGAAGAUUACCUAGAGAAGCUAGCGGUCGGCAACAUUCAUCUCUCGAGGGGUUGUCUAACGUAGUGUUACGGUGUGUUUGACCCUAAAUUAAUUGUUGACGCCGGAAUAUCCCUUUACACUCAGUGCGUUUACAUUCACAGCUUAAUCGGACUGAGCUCAUACUUCGUUUUUUUUUUCGCAGAAUCAGACUUCUCUCCUUGUCCGUGUAUACUAGCCUGGCUGGGCCAUCCUGUUGCGUGAGUCACUUGACGUUCCUUCCCACAACAGUCUGGACUUCAGCCCAUAGGGAGCCCUGAAAGUGGGCGGAAGAACGUUCCUUAAUAGACACUUUACUGUAACCAAUCACCGUAACCAAACAUCUGACGUCAUCACAGUGCGCAACUGUGUUCCCUACUGGGCUCUCAACCGUCAAGUAAACGUUUGGUAAUAUUUCAACGUGUAUGAGCAAACAAUGUCUUUUACGUCUUCUUCUGAUAUAAAUCAAUAUAAACGAUUUCUGCCGACUUUGCAAAGUCAACUGCAGAAUUAACAGCGUUCUGAAUGAACGGCGCUUUGAAAAGUCCUGCAGCAUCUAUUAGACGUCACCACUACAAAUGGACCAAUCAGGGGCUGCCUUUCCCUGUUUUCCGGUUAACAGUGGAAACACGGUCUCUGAUUGGCCCGGUUAUUUUCUGAUCGGGCAUACACGCUCUCUAUGGGCCGAAGUCCAGACUGCGGUGGGAAGGAACGUCAAGUGACUCACGCAACAGGAUGGCUCAGCCAGGCUACGUGUAUACAUGCAGCUGAGAAAAUCAAAUUAUUUACGCGUACGUGUCCUCCUCCCCAAAACAAGGGGGCGAUAUGGGUCUUUUCAGCUGCGACUGUCAACAACAACACAUCAGUGCCAGAUGUCAGAAGUGGCUACAACUGCUGCUGUGCAUUUUCGCGGGAGAAGAUGGAGCAUUGUAUGAGGGUGUUUUUGUCGUACAUGAUGUAUGCGCUACUUUUUCUGCAGAUGAGAUGCACACAACGCCUCUUCUCUGGGGUUAUGUGGCCGUGGUGCACACACACAUGCAUUGUCCAAGCAUACUCUGACUACACUGGUUACAUGGUAGAGAAAAUUAAAUUCCAAUCUCAUCAUCUAGGUGUAUAAUCUGAGUUCUCAAACUCUGAUUACAGUCGGACUAAAGUGUUUACAUGUACUUUUGUUGUCCGGUUUUCAUCGGAGUAAGGCAAUAAUUCAUUUUUCUUGAGUGUCAUGUAAACGUACUGACUGAGAUAAGCAAAUGAAGAUGGGAGAGGGUAGUCCCGGCAUGCAGGAAAAGUUACUGAAUAUAAUGCAUGUGUAGCUUAUAUCCCUGUAACGCACUUUCUGGCCAGUGAAAGCAUGCAUGUGGGGAUACAUGCAGAGAUACACCCCGCACAUAGUCAGAGUUGGCCUGUUUGGCUCAUAUCCAAGGCCUUGCUAUGAAAUCAGCUUGGGAAAGCAGCAGGGGCCCUGAACAGGACACAGAGACAGAAACAGAGGGAGAAAAAGAGAGAGAGGGAGACUGUCGAGCUCAGAUAAAAUUCCAUUGUUUAUUUGCCCAACCUUCUCCUUCCCUCCCUCUCACCAUACAUCCCAACCUUCACCGUCAACCCUUCCUUUUCUGCUGCUUUAGGAACUGUGCAAAAACACACUCAGAGCCCACCAGGUCAAGGCAGCACAUCAGCGUUGGAAGAAGUCCUCAAAUCACUCAAACUAAAUACCUCAUGCAGGAUCUGGCUGCCCGGGUGUGCUUGAAACCAAUUGGCUGAAAAUGAAUGAACACUGCCUCAAAUCUACAGAAAGUACAAUUUAAUAUGAAAGAAAGUUCUGUCCCCUUUGUCAUACUGUCUUCCCCUGAACUUCAAGAUGGUAUGCAAAUGAAAGAGAAGGAAUCAAAGAGGGAAAUAAGACUGAGAGGAUACUGAGGGGGGAAAAAAACAGCCAAGUUUGCCAUCGCAGAAAGAGCUGGCUAAAUGUGCAGCAGUGCAUUAAAUUGUUUGCAGGCAAAGGCUUUGGCACAUGCUAUAAUAAGCCACAUCAUGCAGGGUUUAGGGUCCUCGACUCAGCGUGGGUACAGAAAGAAGAAAAUGAAAAUAAACAACCUUUUUUUUUUCUUUUCUUGGCAGUAUAUAAUUUCCAUUAAAGCUGUCAUGGUCUCAGUUUCAUGUAAACCUCACUCAGAAGGAUGACAAGUGAUUUAGGGGGCUGCCUCUUUUCGGUCGUUCCCUGUAAUUUGUCAAGACUCCAUGUUCUGAUAACUGCGAAAUGCAAGCUGUGAGCAACUUUGCCUUUUUUAGGUAUCUUGAAAUGAAAAGCGAGAAAGGAGAGCAGUUUGUGGAAGUACAAGCACAGGACGAUGAUGUCAUGGCGUUCGCUGUUUCUGCAGGGCCGGACAGAGGGAUGGAGGGACACAGGGAUAGAGGGGAGGAUGAAAUCUUUAUGAGAAGCAGCUGUUGGGGAGAGGCAGGCAGACUUCCAGAGCACUAAAGCAGCAGCCUGCCAAUAGCUCGCUGACAAGAACGCAGAGACCUGAUAAAAACUGGCUACACAGCUCUGACAACGCCACCCGCACUCAGUGAUAACUCCAUCCUCCAACUUUAAACACCACCAAGACUUAAAAGAGAUCAAAAGUUGGAGUUAACAAGCUCAAAAGGCUCAGCAGUUAAGAUACAAACCCCUAGUGCUGUGUUGAUAUUGGCCACACCUUGUCAGUGUGAGAACUGAGUGAAAGAAAUAUGACAGUGUCCCGUUUAUCACUGACCCAUCGUGUUAACAGAGUGAGAAUAAGCCAGCUCAUAAAUGCCUCGGCUUGAAAAAUGAUCGGUGAAGGGAAACUGAGUGUGCAUGAGCAAGUGUGUGUCAGGGCAGAGAUAGUGAAUUUCAGACAUGUGCAGUUUUUUUUUUUAUAGUAUUGGGAAGCAUCAACAAUAAUGUCAGAAAGGACUUUGUUUUCUGGGUUUCUGAACGUCUGAGUCUGGGGUCAUUUGCAAGAGCUAGACUGUAUAUUUAAAUGGACACAGCGAGGGUCACCAGACGUCCUCUUUCACCUGGACAUGUAAUCGUCUUUGGGGGGUUAUCUGGCUUUGUACGGGGAAGCUUAUAAAAAACUUUUAAUGUCUGCGGUUUUCUAGACAAGUUUCAAUUUAGUGUCACGUGGACUUACUGAGUUAGAAGUGCGUAAAAGACACUUGAUCCAACCCGAAAAACUCUUAAAAUUUACUUUGUGCGACUUUGUGCGACUUCGUGCGACUCCGUGACUCUGCCCCCACAUAAUCGUGUCCUCUUUUUGGGAAGUCAGAAUAUGAUCACCCUAGUUACAGUCACACUCCAAUCGUAUUUCUUAAGUUUUCCCAGAGGUCGUUAAAUUGUGAUUAUUAAGUUUUUAGCCAAAAUCAUGUUACCUGUGUCAUUUUCAAGGACCUUUCUUCUGCAGAGCUCCUGUGGCUCAUUAGCAAUUCACCUCUGAGUCUUUGGCGGAGACAGCGCAGCUCUGCACACUCGUCUUCAUGCUAGCUUGUAGCCUAACAUUGCCGGUGCAGCAGCAGAAGUAGCGGGUAACAUAGGAGCCAAUCAGCUCUCGAACACUAAUGUCUUUGGGGGAACAAUCAUAUCAUCAUCAUAAUUGUUGCUCCGCGAUUGUCCUCUCUACUUCUCGGAGUCUGGCCUGCAGAGCCGGGGGCGGAGCUUGGAUUUGUGACAUAGGAAAUCCCACUGUGUUUUAACCUGCCCUCUGGUUCUCUUAGAGGUUCUCAGAAAUACAAUUUUGCUCUUAGUUUUCUCAUGAUAUGUCCUCUAGCAUCAGAAACAUGCCACAUGUAAACAACAAGAAAAACGUAAUUUUAUCGGAGUGGGUUUUCAACAGGUUCUACCAUUCCCAAACACCAUUUAUGUCGCCCAGAUGAGAAAUACAUCCCAUGCCAUGGAUAUGUGAAACAGUCCAUCUGGCGUUUCAGGUAAGGGUCAAAGUAGAAAAUUAAACAGAGUAGAGUUGUCUCGAAAAUGGUUUCUGUCGUUAAAGUUGGUUUUAUUAUCCUGCUCAUCUAAGUCCAAGAGGAUGUUUUAGUUUGCAGAUCUUGCGACUCCUCAGGCCAGAUCACUGCUGUGCAGACUGUGACUCCACCAGUCAAUGGUAGACACCAAGAGAAGGAUCCAACUUACCCCAAUCAUACUUAUCCUAUCUUAACUUAAACAGCUGUGUGGACUGAAAAGAGAUUGACUUUUGGAUUAUAUAACUGACCUUUAUUUACAAUAUUUGUAUCGUACUAUUUUAUACUCACAAUGUUAGUUUAAUCUAAGUUUACUUUCUUUACAGUCGGAGUAUUGCAGUUUGCUUUCUUUCCUUUUAUGUUUGCCAUGAACUGCCAGUAUGUUUGCUCAGGAAGCUUGUUAGAGGGUUAAAAUGACAUUCAGAUUGACCUGGUCAAUCUAAGACCUGCUUGUAAAGAAAUCACCUAAGUUGUCUUCAUUCAGUCUCAUAUUUUCAACAUCCUUGAUUAAAUCCCUCUUGACAUGAUAAAGGAGUUGCUGCUUCUUAGUAACUGGAGUUUUUUCUCAGCUAACACCAUGUUUCAGUUAUCAACAAUAGGCCUCCCUCGGUGGCAGAUAUGAUUACAUGUUUAUAAGAAUGAGUCCAGGGUUAGGGAUAUACCCAGAUACCCAGUGUCCAUCCGCUGAUACCAAUCUCCCACAGAGUUUGUUAUGCAACCGAUGCUCAGCUCUGAUGCCCCGUGUCUGACCCCGGCUGCAGCUAUCUGUUUCGAGUAAAGCCUCAAGGGCAUUUAGGACUGAGUGCUCUCACUGAACACUGUUUUCCCUGUGGGGUAAGGAUAGAUGUUAUCCAUCAUGAAAGAAAGCUGUGUGACGUUUUAUUUGAAUAACAGUGAGUUAAAGACGGCGCUCAUUCUCAAAAGGCGUUUCUGAGUAUGGCAAAACAAAACAAAAUCUUAGACUUUGGGAUGUUUUACAAGACUUCUGAAAAUGUCGAGGUGAGAAUAUUUUAGGAGAUUGAAGUUGAAGAGGAAAUAUAAUAAAUUUGACAAGAGAUUUCCACUCUGACACACUUUCCUUAGCCUUCAUCUUGAUUCUUACAACAAAACCACUUCCACUUCCUCUGCUGGAGUGUCCACAGUCUGUCACACCUCGCAGGGCCGAGGCUGAAGGGGGGGGAGGCAGGCUAAGUCGAGGUCUUUUGGGUCGUAGUUUCCCGUGAUGUUUUUAUUGGAGUCAGCAGAUGGCUUUCCUCAGCCUUUGCAUUGUUAUGGUGGCCGUCUUGCUCGGAGGGUCAGGGUUAACAAUAGUUGCCAAUAGCUGUAGGAGACAAAAGCCUUCACCGCUCCCCGAAAAGACUUCCUUCAGUAACUGAAUGUUGUAAAACUGGCACUGCUGUCAAAUUUACAGCUUUUAUGAGAUACGAAACACGCUACUGCUGGUCAGGUUCAGUCAGGGGGGCUGGAAGCACCGUGUCAAGUUUGAGAAAUAAUCAAACCAAGUGAGUCAGAAUUGUGUGAAAAUACCAAGUUACCUUUUAAGGUGCUAAAAUCGACACUUUUGGCAUAAGAACUCCAAACAGCGAAGAGGGACAGCCUCAGAGCACACGCAGUUCUCACAGUGCAACAGUGCACUUGUAUUGUUUUUUUUACAAUAUCCACUUUUCUCUCCAGCUCCUAAUAUGCUCCUCCUUCAUAUCUCCGAUCAUUCUUCUCCCUCUGUGAUAUGCAACACCCUUCAAAACCAGGAAAAAUGUGACUGUAAAACUAGAAGGCUCUAUACAUUCUUUACAGUCCCCCUUGCCCGCCCCCUCCCUCCUUUCCAUGCUGAAUUUCUGGCCCUCAUUUCUGUUUUGGGUUUUAGUAAAGAGAAAGAAUCGGGAGGGGGGGAAGGAAAGGAAAAAAAUGGUUGAUGUUUCCCCUCAAACAUGUGACCUCUGCUCGCCUCACAGCUGAAAAUAAUUUAGGCCUACAGGCUGGUGGAUAGCUGACGCAAACACUCCCCCUCCUCCUCCUCCUCCUUCUCCUCUCUCUGGGGGGGCUCAGCUUUGGACUGAGGGGUGUCAGGAGAGCUGUGAGGACAUUAAAAAUUGGCAUAUUUUACUUGUUUGUCUCCUUCUUGUCGUCUGAUGAUACUUUUCCAGAGUGUCCUUUUUUCUUCAAGUUAAAGCCUCGAAUCGUUCCAAAACACCGGACCCAGAGGGCCAAUUAUGUUGUUAGCUAACGGAAGAGUUCAGCUAUGUAGCUGCAAAUGUUUAUGUAAUCUACCAGAAGUAUGGCCUUUUUUUUUCUUUUACUUGCCUCUAUGCCAUGUGGGGCAACAAUUUGUGGAAUUUGGCUGAGUUUGGACGUAUUCUCCACAUACUUUGGGGACAGAGAAGGGUGUCAGGGUUCGCUAAUGCAUGUUUAUUGGCAGAGAAAUGAGAGGGGGGGCUCUGGCUGUGCAGUGCUCAGGAAAUGUUUAACAGCUUACGGAUACCCUGUAGUAUCCCAGCACAUCUGGUUGAUCUCACAUAUGGUCACAUAUACAUGAGUUGGUUUGGAGUAGGGGGUGUUUGGCAGAAUGUGUGUCUGUGUGUAUGGGUGGCAAUGUAUUAGCACAAAAAGUAGUAACCUCUCGAUAAAUAUAUAUAAAAAACCUGUUAACAAAAGUUAGCCCCUUUCAUAUGUUGGUCAUAUCUGUGCCACAUGUGAUGCUCGGGAUGGGCGAUAAAUUAUCGUUCACGAUUUGUCGUUGGAAAAUUCUCUAAAAGGAUUAUUUGCCAACUCAUGAUAAAUUCGAUAAAUGCAAGUUGAUGGUGUAACUGGCUAAACCCACAGGAUCUAGAACGGCUCCGCUCCAGAACGGCAGGCAGAUCAGAUCCGCAAGCAUACAGCGCCCACCGGAUCCAAUCCAAUCUGCCACCAUUGGAGGAGAAGCACGCGCGAGAUUACCGAUAUUUCUUGCAAGACUGGACGAGAUCUCACGAGUUCUUGCAUGUUUCCCCGGAAGUCAUAGAAUGAUCCGCCGCAUCCCACAACCAUGGCCCAAACCAAUUGAUGCGCCAUGCUCCGGCAUCCGGCAAAAAUAGAAGCCUUGCGUAUCUGAUCCGGCACCCGGAGCCGAUCCGCAGCGGAGCUGGACGCCAGACAGAUUCUGUGGAAUGACACACGUUGAUUAUAAUGCUUGCAGCAGAGCUGCUUUUGCCCGUAAGCGCUAGUGAUGGACUAGCAGCCAGAUUUAUCCACUAGUUUCACAAAUUCUGUAAAAAAAAAUCCAUCCACUAAAGUUUUCCCAAAGUUUCAGGUUCAUAGUUUGCUUUAUCAGCCUGAAGCCGUGCUAGAAAUCUCACAUGGAGGUGCUGUGGUAGUGAGAAUCCACUCAAGUGUUUUUCUUCCAAAAGGUCCAGAAAUCUAUCUGUGAAAAGUUGAGACACUGACUGAUGAUCUGGUCAAACUGAAGCUCUGUCUCCUUCUUCUUGCUGCCGCUCAUCUUUUCCUACUUCCACUAAUGUUAACACCGUAUAGAGUAUCUAGUGUAUUCCAUAUGUUUUCCAAAAUGCCACACAGCUGAAGGAAUCAGAUGUCUUUUUCAUGUUAGCUGUAGUCCAGGCUUUGCUUUUCAGCUGUAUCCUUCAAUUAUUUAUGAUUGGUGAGAUGCUACACAACCUGUGAGGUCUGCUGCUCUGCUGCUCGGUUUUAGGAGUUUGAGUUUGGCUUGCCACAGAAAUGAAAGGAUUCAGCCAUGAUGGUUAACAUUCAGAACAACAAAUCCCAAAAGAGUCAGAGGAAAGCAGCUCUUCUUUUGACCACGGUGUCUUAUUUGUCAGUCAAUACAGUUCUACUUUAAAGCUGCAUGCUGCAAAGAUUUCUACAGGAUAGACUGACUCCUGUCUUUGUUCGUUUUCUUUGUGUGUCUGUGUCUGUACAGGAUGCCAGCUGCUAGCACCAUGACCGGUGGGAGGGCCCUGCUGCUCUGUACGAACACUGACAACUGUAUCUACCAAUCAGUCAACGGGUAGGUGCCUCAAAAACCUAUAAAGUACCUGUGUGGUGCCUAAUUCACCGCUUUAUGUCAAUGUCUAAAAUGUCGCUGUUAUAGCAGAUACUGUGACAGAGCUCGUUCUUGGACAUCUUUCUUUUUCUCAUCACACAGACAGUAAAUCACAUGCUGCUGGUUGGUUUUUGCCAGCGCUAUUGUCUCUCUUUGUGGGGGUCCUCAUGCUGCUUUUUGCCACAGAGUUAUGUCUUCUUCUUGUUGAAAGCGAGCAGCAGGUCCUCUUUUUUUUAACAUGACAAAAAAACUUGUCAUUGUGCAAGAAGAGCAACCUGACUUUGUGUAUGAGAGCUGGGUGGAAAUAUUAAGACAAUCAAUUAUCAGUAUAAUCUGUAGUCUGUUCAAAUAAGGUGGAGUGUGUGUUAUACUGGACACUGGUCUGCAUUCAUGUGGUCACAUUCAACAUCGACCAGUCCAGGAAUUCGCUCUCUGAUUCAGCAUUCCCAAUACGACAUCUUUUUUCUGGAUGCAAUUCUGUUUUCUUCUGUACCUUUAUCAGCAGGCGCAGUAUUCUAACAGAAGUAGUAUUCUAACGAAUUAUGCUUCAAGCUGCAUAAUGAAAAUUUGCAGGGUUCAGCUUUUGUAGAUCAUAGGUUGACCAUAUUCUGAAUCCCCAAAAAGAGGACACAACUUCAUAGGGGGCGGAGUGACGGAGUCGCAAGUAGUAAAUAUUGAGAGUUUUUCAGGUCGUGUCGAGUGUUUUUAGGCGUUUUGAACUCACUAAGUCCACGCGACAAAAUCUCAAAACUUCCAUACUAAACCCCGGACAUUUGAGGGAUUUUAUAAACUCCCCUGGAUGCAAAUUUUUAUUUUUGUAGGAUGGUAGGGAAAGGUCCGGCCCUCCUUCGCCUCUGAUUACCUAGAAGUGUUGGGCUCCAAUUGGUUACUCCUAAUGGCAGUGACAUAUCAUUGUCUGUCGGGUUAGGGUUAGGAGAUUCAGAAGUACGAUAAUGUUCUGUAAUGUUCUGUUUGAUGUACCGUUCCGACAGCCCGCAUUUGGCUUGAGUGUGUGACGACUUUUCCAGCUUUUCUAGCCAAUCAGAGGCGAAGGAGGCGGGACUUUCCCCUACCGUCCUACAAAAAAAUAUAUCACCUCCCCGGACAAGGUCGAACAAGGCUGGACAGGCUGGACAGCACCCCAAAAAGAGGACAUGUCAGGGUAAAAGAGGACAUAUGGUCACCCUAGAUCCAGACCUACAGAGCUGAUCACAAGCACAGUGUCUUGGGCAGGGAGGUGAUACCAAUAACACUGAAAAUAACUGGAGAAAGUUUCCACUGGAGGAAGUUGUUCCUCAAUUAGCUGCAGAAUGUGAUCUAUUACAGUCGUUCCCAAUAAUCUUUACAUCUUUUACUUCCUUACAUUCAGAGUAGAAAGUAAAACAAUUGAAUGAAUAACCGUCCAGACCAGAGCUGAGCUGACCAUCUGCCAUCUGGAUACUGUUUCGGCCCCCCUGCUGCCACUGUCUAAUGCUUCUGUGACCACUCUCUAUGGACCCCUUCUGUCAUCCCUGCAAUAUUCAUUAGUACUAUUUAGAUUAAAAUGAAGGGAUUUGGUUUGAGACAGUAGGAGGGAUUGUAACAUUUGCAUAUUUUGAGGAUCUGUCAUGCUACUGUAGCUACUAUUGCUCAACAACACAUUUAUCCAAGGGGAAUGUCAAGCAUUGAUAAGCAUCAUAAAUUCUAGUUCAGACUCUCUCUUUUGUACCCUGAUUCUGUGUCAGUCCAGCUGGUCAGAGAUGCUGUUGUGCCCUCAUACCCCUUCCUUUUUUUUUGCACUCAGUGACCCUUAUCAUGCCCACGCUCCACCCAUUCUUGGCUAGACUUCACAUUCUGCCCAUUUCUUAAUAUCUGUGUCAGUGUCUUCUACUUGCUUCUACAUUAAUUCCCCAUCCAUCUGCACCACUUUUUCUAUACCAUCUCAGUCACCCUCCCACACACACACACGCACACACAUACACUCACAAACCCCUGCGCACUCCUGUUCUUCUUUUCUUGGCUUUUCUAUCUGACCUACUUUUUCCCCUCUGCUGCUCCAUGCUUAAUAGAAACUGCUGUUUCAACCAAGGGAUGCAAAACAAGACAGAAAAAGGGGGGAAGGGAGAGGGAGAGAGACAGAGGGUCAAACUAAUAAAACCCAGAGCAGUUUGGAAGAUGAUUAUUCGGUUUCCUCAACGUCAUGUUAUUUGACUUUUCUUUAGAGGUCUCUGGAGAAACUUGAAUCAGUAAUUUCCUCCAGAGAUUUCCUCUGGGUAGCAUGACUGUUGGUGUUCGUAUCCACAUAUCCAGCCGCGUCAUCAGAAGUCGCCCACAGAAAGGCAGCGUUUCCUCCAUUUGUUGGAAAUUCAAUCAUCUGAUGAAUGGUCUGUAGGCCAAAACUGAGCUUUAAGGGUCAGGAGAUGGAAUGAAAAGAUGCACGUCUACACUCCGCUCUGUAUACUUUCAUCUCUUCUCCAGAAAUAGCUCUGUGUGUGUCUGUGUGUGUAUAGCUUGUAAACUUUGACCCCUAAAGGCAGAGUUCAAACAGUCACGACCCAGUAAUCUUCCAGGAGUGACUCACUGCUGAAACAGAGGCAACAAACAGACAUCUGCUGCUUUAACGAGAAUUCUUGUUUACCCCAUAAAACAGAGAUCUAUUGUGGAUUAAAUUGUAAGUGCUUACAUCGCGCUGCCAAUUUUAAGAGUGACAAGGAGGAUGGUGUUUGGCUGCGCCUGGAAUCUCAACUGAAAUAAUUGACCUAUAAAUUAUUAGAGUUCACAACAGUGUAAUGUAGUUUAUCUCACAAGCUGCCUGUAACAUCUAAAGAAAGAGCUCUGUAUAUGUGUUGGCUCUUUCCUACAAUUUGGAUAAUGUCUUGUAAAUACACAUUUCAAGCACCAUUUGAAUUGGAUAAUGAAAGUUGCUUGUGCCAGACUUAUUCUCAUUUUGGUUUUUUGCCUAAUUCUAGCGAGUUCUCAUACUUUUCUCAUAAUAUUUUUGUUCUUUUGUGAAACUCUUGUAACCAAUGCCAGAUAUUUAUGUGUGUAAAACCAAUACACUUUUUUUCAUGCAUUUUGUGACGCUUCCUGAAAUACUGUGCUGGGUAUCAGGGGGAACAACAACAAUGAUCUGUACCAUAACAUCAGCAGGUUUACAGAGAUAAAGUGACGACAAUUACUGUAUAGAUGUAGUAGGGCUGGGCGAGAAACCGAAAAUUUACUGAUAAUGAAAUUUACGACAAUAAUUGAUGUCAUUUUGCCCAUGACAAUAUAUUUGGUGUAAAAAAAAUAGAUAGGUAGGCUCUGGUCUCAUGUCCCUUUAAGACGCUGUCCUACAUCAGAGACGUGACUCCACCCCAUCCAGUCUGUAACAAAGAGGGAAAGACAGGUGAGGAGAUGGAGGACAGUUCGAAAGUUGGCGGCUGACAUAAACGAAGUUAAAGCUUUGGUCUACAAUCUGAAAACCAGUUUGGCUGUUGAGACAGAUUUGAAAAACGCAGCCUGCCCCCCCUUCACUCACCUCUCCCCUCUGUGUUCCAAGAUCCCGCCCCCUCAGCUCGUGUCGCCUCCUAACAACACGCCCCCUCCGAUAGAGGUGCAGAUAAAAUGCAGAUGCAGAUAAAAUUGUCGAGGCUGCUGGGGUCGGUGGUCUCUGGAAUCCGACCUUCAUUGAAGUUGAAGCGAAAUUAGAUUUCUCAUAGCUGAAAGUAACAAACACGACAGUUUGGUGAUUUGACAAUUGGACGGGCGUGAUCAAAACCAUAUAUUAGCAGGGCGAAGCGGGUCUGGUUGAUGAUUAUGCCUUUUUGCAGCGGAUAUACUGAAUGGAUUUUUUCCGUUCUUUUUGUUCUUUAUUUUGCGUAGAUCGGACAUAGGACCAUAACGGCCUUAUAAACUGUGUUAUUAAUAAGUACCAAGCUUCCAGAUGAUAGACCAUAGCUUUAAUGUGGGAGGGGGUGAGCAGCUUGUGGAGUAGUUAUCGACCAUUUGUCGUUAUCGUGAUGAACUGCUCAAUAUAUCGUGAUAUUGAUUUGAGGCCAAAUCGCCCAGCCCUAAGAUCUAGUGAAGAGUGUGAGAUUAUACAAUAUAAUAAACAGAGAAAGGAAAACACAAAAGUCACUCAUGACCUGUUUGUUAACCUCCCUGUGUGUCUUCUCUUCCAGGCUUCAGUGCUGCGGCUUGAAGGUCGGGGAGGCUCCGUCGCCAGUGGUGCCCCAGCGCCAAGAGGUGUGCGGGUUAUCUGGGGACAAAGACAGGAGGGACGCUGCUGCUGUGUCCACCAAGCAUCUCCUCUCACUCAACUUGAGUGACAGCCUGGGUCCUCCUGACACCAUGCUGGCACAAAGGAGAGCCGCCACCACCACCAACGACCCGCGGACUCCCAACAUGGAGAACGGCAUGUGUGGCAAGCUGAACAACAACAAGAGCCCAGCAGGAGCCAAGACUGCCAGCAUCCGUGAUAAGAUCUCACAAUGGGAGGGGAAAAAGGAGUCUGCCCCGCUAACUUCGUCAGGGACAUGUCCUCUUACUGCGCAGAAGGACGUCGAGACAGUAAGGAAAAAGGAAUCUAAGGCUUCAGAGUUCCAAAGGACAGAUAGCAAGAAGUUUGUCAGCUGGGACAGACAGGACUCAGGGAAGGAGAAUGUUGGAAAGUUGGGGGACACAAGGCCUAAAUCUCCAGAGGGACAAACCAACAAGGAUAGAGAACUAAUCCUAGAGAAGGGUUGUCGGCCUUCAAAGCCCAUAGAGCAACCCCAGGACAAGAAAACUGUUUUAACUCAUGUUAAGAAACUAGAGAAGGCUACAAAGGACGUUCCCGACAGACCCUCACUGGCUUUUCCAGGGAAUUACUUCUGCCCUCCAUCAAAGGAGGAGCUGGAAGAAACAGAAAAGAGGGCCAAUGAGCCCAUUUUUGGGACGUUUGACGUGACCCGACACGGCGGGUCCCGGAGGAGGAAGGAGGGGGAUCUAGAGAACGUAUACAGUGAGCCAGGUGCUCCUUCUAUUAAUCCUUUACCCAAACCUCAAAGAACCUUCCAGCACCACACGCCUCCCGCUACUCCAACGUCGGGGCCAGGCUCGGGGAAGGGACGGAGAAACUUGCCUCCACUGCCCUCCCUUCCUCCCCCACCUUUACCCACAUGCCCGCCACCUGGAGUCUGCAGGAGACCCUGGGCUGACAAACCGCGGGACAGCAGUAAUAGGUGAGAGAAGUUCAGGUUUGAUGAGUGUUUGGGCACGGCAAUUCUUUGAGAUAAAUGUGUAGCACGUAUCUUGUCAAGCAUCUUUUUUAGGGUGUUAUCAUUUUAUUUGAGUCACAAUGUGUAGGGUCAACAUCAUUCAGUAAACCUGUGUUGUUUUGUCAUGGGUCAGAAUCCAAAUUUAUGUAAGUUUGAAGGGCUUCUGUGAAAUUUGGAUUGGCUCUGUGCUUUGUAACUCUUCCCCCACCAUCAUCAACCAAAAAAAAAAGGUGAAAACAUUUCCCACAUCUGCUGUAAAUCACAUCCUCUGGUGACAUCAUCCUCUUUCUAAACACCCCAAAGAAUGAGCUCAUUGGUAAGAUCCCAGGAAUGUACACAUGAACUCAACUCCACUGCAAAAGGUGGGAUGACACGAGGAGUAGAGUGUGUCAUCUAACGGAGGCCCCUUUGACUUUUUCAAAAAUGUUUGCCUCGACAAAAUAGAAAUUAAUGCGCAAUUCUUUUUGCUUUAACCAAAUGAUGUGUCGGGAAUUCAUUUCCAGAGUUGUGUUUUCUAAAUGUAAAAUAUGUCUUCUAUUGAAUCUGAUUCAUUGCAGUCUUUCAUGAGCAAUUAACAUGUUCGACUUUGUGAGAGCAGCGCACGCACUCACAUGGUUACAGUCAAACAAACACAGCUCUGUUGGAAAAACCAAAAAAAAUGUGCACUCAGCAGUAUUGGAGUCCAUCUAUUGUUCACUUUUUCUGGUAGUGCGAGUUCUUGUUCGAAGCUUGGCGUGGAUCUGUUACAUUCCAUACCAUAUGUGGAGGCCUCACCCAGCUCAAGUGUGCUGGGUUAAGGCCUUUGUCUGGCAGGGUGUCUUGUGCAGUGUGCGUUUCUAGAGUCAGUGUGACAAAUAGACUGAGUUGCAUGUUUAUUAGUAAUGCAACUCAUCUCCAGACAGUCUUUUUUUCUAAUGCUGAGUAUAACAACAAGUAAAUGUUAACUCAUGAUUCAAAACAAUGAAAUCUAUAUGGAGAUUAAACCUGUAAUCAUUCGAACGGCCACUAGGGGGUGGAUUUACAGGUGAGCGUCUCAUUGUCUGGGAAUAUAGACUGUAUAUAGAAUGGAUGCUGUCUGCCUCCUCGCUGGGUGAAGCCACUGCGAAAACAGCACCCUCUGGUGACAGGCUGCAGUAUAGGUCAUAAAUCCCGCCUCUGCCAGCAAAGCUUAUGGAGCUGUGGACAAACUUUAGAAAUAUAAAACAUAGAAAUUACAGAUUACAUACACAUGUAUCACAUAAAUACAGCCGAUGAGCAUUCAAGGAUUGCAUAGCUCACCCGGGGGAUACGCUGUUUGAGCCGAGCAUCAUCACAGCAACUCUUGGCGACUCCCCCGCCGAAUGCGUACAAAGCUACUGCGCAAGUGGUGGAGCACAUUCAAUGCUACUGGGCAAUGUUGGUUUCAGGAAAUGGAGAGAAAACGCAGAAUUACCGAGAGCUUUUUGGCUUAAAAUCCGUAUACUGGCAGAAGGCAGAACCAAGUUGUCCAUAGUGUAUACAGUCUAUGUCAGGGAAGCAUUGAGAAUUGGUUUCAGUCCUGUCCAUGGUUAACAUCCCCUUAAAAGAGUGUAAACUAAAUUGUUAUCUUCAAGUCUACUUUAUUAGUCAGGACGGGCAAAGAAAUACAGUUUGUGAUUUUGAUGGGUUGAAAACAGACUAAAAUGAACAGUGAUGCAUUUCUAUGAUGAACAUUCGCAAAGAGACCAUUAGUGGCAACACUGACAGUUUUUAUAGUGUUAUUUUUAAAGCCUUUUUCUACUGUGAGGGGGUAGGCACACUGAUGAAACAGCCAUAGUUGCUUUACUUUACAGAAAAGAUUCACAGUAGUUGAUAAACUUCAUCGUCAAAAGACCGCAGGAGGACAUUUCUGUCAAUCAAGAUCACUUUCGUGAGGAUGAGAUAAAAUCAGGGUCACAAGCAGGAAGUUCCUAACAGGAGCUAUAGCAGUCAUUCAAAAAUCAUUAAUCUAUCAGUCGUUCUUCUGCCUAACUUGACUUAUACGUUAAAGGCAGACAUCUUUAAACCAUCAGGCAUAAAAAGAAGCUGACCAUGAUAACGUGAAUCCUUGCGAGGCUUUUGGGUUGACUUGUCCUCAACGUGGCAAACUGUGCUGAAUUAACUGUCAACGUACUCUAAUUUAAAGUAUGUGCAUGCAACCGCAGAUGCUUGUGUUCAUUUUAUCCUGCUGGACUUUAAUCUUGAGCCAUAAUAAAACACAGAUGGGGUCAUUCCAAUGUGCCAACUAGCAGAAGGCAAAAUCAGUUAUAAAAGCAACAAGAUGAGCAUGCAAAAACUUUGAGAGAUCUUAGAGAGAUCCGUCAAAUAUCCUUCCUUUAUCUUCUGUCUUUGUAUCUGUCAUGCAACUCGCCUAAAUCUUUGUGAUGCUCUGUCCACCAGGAAGUCCUAUGAAUUUGAGGAUCUGCUCCAGUCGUCUACAGAAAGCUGCAGGGUGGACUGGUACGCUCAGUCCAGACUGGGCCUCACACGCACUUUAUCAGAAGAGAAUGUCUACGAGGACAUAAUAGGUAAACACAGUUCCACGUUUGUGCUGAAUUUGUGGUCUUUGAGUGAAUUUCUGAGUAACACACAUCCCAUCACACUCUGCAUGACCCUCUAGUUUCAUAUCAGUCAUUAAGUUCAGUUACAGAGGUGACGCAGAGGCCAAGCUGUCUUUACUCUGCUGUGUUUUUACUGCUCCAAUUUUAAUUUAGAGCGAUGCUGCUUCACUUUUAUUAAAAAAAUGUUAUGUAGAAACCUGACCUCAGUUCCUACCCUAUUAUCUGCAGUGUUGUGCCAACCCCACCUAGAGCUAGUUUAAUAUUAUGGGGCACAAUAGCAACUUUGUGUGAGGUCGUACUAUAGCAGCGGUUGGCUACUUUAAUAAUCUGUGUGAUAGAGGGACAUGUGAAUGGCACAGAGCUGUGGUCUGCCUUCGGUUUUCUUCCUGGGUGCUGGUGAAUAAUGAGUGCUGCUUGCUGGGAACAUAGUUUAACCAUAUUUGAGCGGUGACUCAGCUUUUUCUGAUUAAUCUCCCCCUUUUUUGGAGGUUUUUCCUUGAAUGCUUAGACUCGGUUCACCAAACACUCAGUAGUGUCUCACAAGUUAAGUGACACAGAAACAUUUUUACCAGGGUUUGGUACCGAAAUUAGGUUAUAAGUAGGAACCGAAAUAAAUUAAGUAAAUACUGGAGGAAAGCGAUUGAAAGUGUAGCUUCAUUUCGCAGGACAGGUUGCACAUCCGACCUCACGAGAGAUUUAAGACUGCAUGGCAUCUUAAGGACUGUGCAGUGUUUGAUGUCUUGCAGUGUGAGAUAUCAAGCCCCAGUGGGUGAUAUUGUAUUUUUUUGUAGGAUAAUAGGGAAAGGUCCCGCCUCCUUUGCCUCUGAUUGGCUAGAAAAGCUGGAUUCUGAUUGGUUAUUCCUAAUGGCUGUGAAACGUCAUCGUCUGUUGGGUUAGGGUUAGGGUUAAAAGUGCGAUAAUGUUCUGUAAUGUUCUGUUCGAUGUACAGAGCCGACAGCCCGCAUUUGGCUUGAGCUUGUGAUGACAUUUCCAGCUUUUCUAGCCAAUCAGAGGCGAAGGAGGCGGGACUUUUCCCUACCGUCCCACAAAAAUAAUAUCCUGAGCGGAUUGUCGGCACUGUACAUCGAACAGAACAUUACAGAACAUUAUCGCAAUUCUGAAUCUCCUAACCCGACAGACGAUGACAUUUCACAGCCAUAAGGAAUAACCAAUCUGAGCCCAGCACUUCUAGCCAAUCAGAGGCGAAGGAGGCGGGACCUUCCCCUACCAUCGUAUGAAAAAAUAUAACCCCCUGCAGCUGCCAACAGAGCCCUCGACUGGUGAAAAGGGGAUAGAGGGGGUUAAAAUUUUCUAACCCCUUAAAAAAUCAGAGUGAGAGAGCGCCAUGCUUUAAACACACCAUCCACAUGACUGAUGCUGUUUUCCUGAUCUAGACGAAAGCAACUGUCACCACUGCAUGUAUUCAGACACACGCCUUGUUGACUGACGCAAACUCGCAUACGCACAGCUGAUGUGUGACGUCGUUAGCAGCCAGCAAUGUGAAAAACAGCACACUGAUCCCUUGUUUUUCCUCAGAGGGAGAAGGAGCGGAGAACUGAACGUCCCUCUUCAUCCUCCCACUCGUACAGGUCACAUCUGGUGGAUGGAUUGAUAGAGUAAAAAAGAUGAUACAAAGAAGACGACAGAAAGAGAGGGAGAGAGAGGUUCAGGUUUUGGAUAAUGAAACCUCCUUAUUCUUUAUCUGCAGGGGAGGAUUUGUGACUAGAAAUACUUUUAGCUUCAGCUCUGCAGGCGCUUUCUCACAGUCAAGUGUGAGCAGGUUAAGAAUAGUGCUGACACGAGUAACUGCACAUCUGGAGUUGAAUAGUUUAAGAAACAAUCAUGAGUGAUAUAGAAAAAGCACUUUUUCUGCUUUUUGAAUAUCCUGUGUUGAGCUGCUGUGUAUCACAUGUGGCUCUUGAAUUGUAGAUUUUAAAAUAAAUGUAUUUUUCUUUUUUUAGAUCCUCCAUCCAAGGAGAAUCCGUACGAGGAUAUAGAGCUGGAGAGGAGUUGUUUAGGGAGCAAAUGCGUUUCACCUGCCUCCUCAUCCCCCGUCCCUGACACGCCAACGAAGGUACGCGAUCAGAAAUAUUUCAGCAUAAAAGCCAAGUGGAUAAAAUCGUAGCUGUCUCAUAAAACAAUCCUCUAUUUGAUCUCCAGCUCUCCUCCAAGCCUGGCUUCUUCAGACAAAACUCAGAGCGGCGAAGCUUCAAGCUCCUGGAACUACGCAAAGCCAGCAGAGACACUGGCAUCUCCUCUCCUUCGCGGAUCAGCCCCCCCUCCACACCCAGCAGCCCUGACGACACCCCCUGCCUCUCUGGGGACCCGUACAAUCGCAGGCGUAGAAAAAUCCCAAAGGUACGAGGGGUCCAGAGGCCUCAUGCCUCUCUGUCUUUGAUCUGUGCUCCAAUGUGUUGCUCAGAGAUGUUUGGGGCUGGUCCACUCAUGCUGUACUCAUGUCUGGGGAUGAGUAAGGCAGAGGAAAAUUCUCUGAUGGUGAUUUCCUGUGAGAAGUGUGCUUUGUAUAGGCCUCCCAGAAGCUUGUAUUGAAAUGAUUUUAGUCGGAGGCUGGCAGAUUUUGUUUAUUAGUUUAAAGAGUUGAGGAUGGACAUUUCUUUCCCUUUGCCUCCAGAUGGUGCUGAAAAUCAACGGCAUCUUUGAGGCGAGGCGAGGAAAGAAACGCGUGAAGAAGGUGUCUCAGUCUACAGAGUCCAGCUCAGGGAGAGGUGAGUCUUCAAAUACGAAAGUGGGUCACAAAAAAACCACAGUUGUUUGUUUUUACUUUUAAUUUCACUCCACGUUAAUUGUCGAUAAAGUGAAAGAAAUAUGAUCUUGCCUUUUUUUUCUCUGCAGUGCCUCAAACAGAUGGUUUUAAUCGUGUUUUAACCUUUAAAUGAUUUUAAGUAGGCCAUGGAAACAAACAAACAAAAAAAAACUGGAUGUAUGUUUCUGAUUUGACCGGUGCAGAUCAGACUUGGGUUCAGUUUGGAUCAAUUUUUGAGCUUCAUUGUCUUUGAGAGACAAAACCAAUCGACAGUUAUACUUACAGUUUUAACAGCCACACAAAGAGCAUAUGAGCAUUCUUAUCGGGCGCUCACACCAAGCGCAGGUAAAAUCAUCGACUCGCCUAAUUUGUGCGAAUCAAAGAUGCAUGAAUAAAUAGUAUUUACUUGCUUCAUUCAUGCAUCAGCGGUAAUUUCAAUGGUAAUCCCUGCCAAUUCAACCGGUGAGAUCGAGUGAUAGACAAAUUUUUUUUUACAAUUUACCAGAUGAUCCGACCUCCUCACUCACUUGCCCCCAGACGAGCUCCUUUUUAUUCUGGUUUCAGUGAUUGAAAGAAAAGGUAUCAUAUAAUUCGGGGCACCAACACACCGACACGAUCAGUUUGCCCUCCAUUUAGGAUACCAGUUAACAGCCGUCUGUUUUCAUACAUCACCCAGCAACCUUUAUGCUGAUUAGUUAUUGCGACGUGAAUAUCGGCUCAAGUUAAGACAUUUGCAGCUCCUGCCCAAUUCGCGUCAUUCGCGCCACCAGAGUAGUAGGAGCGUCUAAUGGCAUCUUUGCAUUAACUUAACAUGUAAUUCAUUCAUUCAAUUCGAUUCAUUUGCGCGAAUGAUUAUAUGUGCCCUUCGUGUGUGGAGACAGUUAGACCAGUCACAAAAUUAAAAAGUGAAACAAUUCAAAAACAAACCAACUGAGGGCAAAUACUUAAGGACUUUAGAGUCUCCUACAUAUUCCAUUUUUGACGCUUGAAUAAAUUUUAUGAACUUUUCUAGUUAAAAUUUAAAUACUUCAAGCCUGUUUAUCAGGUAACAUGUCCUGUGACUUUCACUUUGACCAGAAAGACUUCCCAUAUAUACCUAAAAGAAAAAAAAAACUCAUCAUAUUCAAGUUUAAAUGGCAGUGUUACCUAAAGUGAUUAUGUUUCGGAGUGGGAGGUAGUGCUGUUGCUUCUUGAAUACUCAUUUCACAUGUUUCUUGAGUUUUAUGUAAUUGUUGUUUGCAGUCUCUCCGUGGUCUAAUUUUGGUUUUCACUUUUUUCUUCUUCUUGAUAUAGUGACGGAUGAAAACAGUGAGUCUGAAAGUGACACAGAGGAGAAACUAAAAGGUGAGGAACAGAAACAGACAAAUAGUAAGUUAUAAAUACAAUUUUAUUGAAAAAAUGAUGAAGGUCAUAGUUUUCUUCCUUCGAUUGUUCUAUUGCUUGGGAAAUACAGAAUCACACCACCCAGAAGCCUCACAGGAACCCUUAGCUCAAGUUCACGUGGACACACAUGACAUGGGUGUAUGACAUCAAAUGCGUUUCUCUUCACCUCUGUUCUUAGCUCACAGCCAGCGCCUGGUAUCAGUCCAAUCCAUGCUGAGGCAGACAGGGCGGUACCGGACGUUGGAGAGGGAUCUGAUGGAGUUACAGGAGAGGAAACUCUUUGAGUAUUUUAUCGUUGUUGCACUCCACAAGACCAAAGCUGGAGUCCCAUACCUGCCAGAAGUCACACAGCAGUUUCCUCUCAAGGUGAGAGGGGGCAGAGCUGUUACCAGAGCACCGUCCUCAAAAGAUACAAGAAGGGAAACUCCUGGAAAAACAGAAACACCUUUUUUUUGUAUUAGAACAGCCUGAAACUAAUAGUUUAUCCUGAUAAUCAUUGACACUUGGUGUGAUCUUGUCUUAAAAACAGCAUGAAAUGUUCUCUUUUUCUAAACAGCAACAACACGUGUUACAGCGUGCAAUAAAAAAAGAAAUGAUGUUUUAGUUUUGGGGCCAAGACACAUUUUCUACUAUCUGUACAAGUCUGUAAAAUUUUAACCUCUCCUUUUAUCAUUAAAUGCCCAAUAAUAUAAAAACAGUGACACUGCAUCUAAUAUGUUUUAUAUUCAUUUACACAUCUUCCCUCCUUCUUUAUCUAGCUGGAAAGGAGCUUUAAGUUCAUGCGGGAGGCUGAGGACCAGCUGAAGGUCAUACCACAGUUCUGUUUCCCCGACGCCAAAGACUGGGCGCCUGUCGACAACUUCCCCAGGUCAGUCUGAAUGCGGCUGCCGCCUGCCGCAGCAUUUUUACUCAAAAAAGAAGUGAAACACAACGGGGGCACAGGAAUUUCCCCGCAGAGUGGUAAUAGCCCAGCUGUUUUCCUUGCUAAUAACCACUUUUUUAAAUAGAAAUGACCUCGUGCCUUGUAAAAAUGACGGUUUUGUCUUUAAAGCACCGAUACUGAGCAGUGAUUACAGGGGGAAAUGAUGUGUUUAGUAUCUGACACACCUGUGUUGGUAUCACCUCUGUCUUUUCUGUGAAAAACUGACCUUAUUGGCCCAUAACUGCUUACUUAACCUCUCAACAUCUGCAUUGUUUUAAAAAGUGAUGAUGUGCGUCUUGUCGGCUGUAGAUAAUCAUUACCUGAAGUCAAAUGUUUGAUGGGCGAGGGGAAAAACACACACACACACACACACACACACCUGCACUGAACUGGCUGACACUCUUUCCUGGAACUAAGGUCCUCUCAGGUCAAUGAAUACCUGUCAGGUAGAACUUAAGAGGUUUUGUGAGGAUAUUUGCGGAGCAAGUCUUCUCCGAGGGUUUUUCCUCUCAAGUGCAAAGCCAUGCCUUUGUUUACAAAACUCAAGAGAGUAGUUCAGAAUAGAUUUCUUAAACAUUUUACAGCUUUAAAUAUUUACCAACAUGCCUGAUUUGUCUUAUUUCGUUGGUUUGUUUGUUUUUAAUCCACAGUGAGACGUUCUCGUUUGUCCUGACCGGUGAGGAUGGAAGUAGGCGCUUUGGAUACUGUCGGCGCUUGCUGGUACGUUCGAACGUUUGAAAUCUCCACAUUCAGUUUUAAUACUUAUUACCUUAUUAACCAUCAAAUUUACCCCAUUAAAGGGAUAUUCUGGUGUAAAAUUAAUUCAGGGUCAAACACACCGUAACACAGAGUUAGUCAUCCCAUUGAGAGAUGAAUGUUGCCGACCGCUUGCUUCUCUAGUUAUAUCAACUUAAGCAACAACUGCAGGAUAGCAAUACACAGCGGUCUGAGGAGCCUCACACAAACCUCAACCAAAACACCACUCUAUAGCCACAAAUAAUGCUCAGAACAGCACCAAACUUCAUCAACAGGACAUAGAGGAUCCCAGCCAUAGUACUAGCCACCAAACAUCUUUAAAGCUUUGCCUGAUUUCUUUAGUAAAGAAACUAAACACAAAUCACCCACUCUCUUCCAGCAGCCGCUUGUUUGUAGCAAGACCUCAAGCCAGUCCAUUAUGGACUGCAGUGGGGUGACGCAGCUCAAGGAAGAACAUUUAUGAUCAUUUCUUUAUCAUUUCCUUGAAAUAAUAAUCACAAUAUUAAUAAUUUUGCACUGCAGACGCGGUAGUUCUUCUGCCUUAGCGUCUCAGUCUGAUUGCAUUUCCUUGAAGAAAUGAUCAUAAAUGUUCUUCCUUGAGCUGUGUCACCCCACUGCAGUCGGUAAUGGACUAGUCUGAGGUCUCUGUACAAACAAGCGACUGCUGGAAGAGAGUCAGUGAGUUGUGUUUAGUCUCUUUGCUAAAGAAAUCAGGCAAAGCUUUAAAGAUGUUUGGUGUCUAGUACUAUGGCUGGGACCCUAUAUGUACUGUUGAUGAUGUUAGGUGCUGUUCUGAGCAUUAUUUGUGGCUACAGAGUGGCGUUUUGGUUGAGCAUGUGGCUCUCUGUAUUGCUAUCAUGUGGUCGUUAGUAAAGUUGGUAGAGAGAAGCAAGCAGUCAGCAACAUUCAUCUCUCGACGAGGUGUCUAACUCGAUAUUAUGGUGUGUUUGACCCUAACUUCAUUUUACGCCAGACCAUCCCUUUAAUUUUGCCCAUUCUUUUGUUUAAUUAUCAUAAAAGUUGUCUGAUUUUUUCGUCCGAUAAGUUUUCUUUUUUUCCUGAAUGCUCCUCCAAAGUCUUUGUGAAACACAGGCUUUGCUCUGCUCCACUGCUCUAAUCCUGCAGCAGCACUUGGGUGAACAGUCUUGUGACACUCCGGUGUUUUGAAUCUGUCUUUGCUCUCGCUGUCUGUUCACAGCCCAGUGGUAAAGGCAGGAGGCUCCCUGAGGUUUACUGCAUCGUCAGCCGCCUGGGCUGCUUCGACCUCUUCUCAAAGGUAGACACGGUGACUCAAGCAUGAACACAAAUGCACAAAGUUCACUGGAAUACAUGCAUUUCAUCAAAUUAGACAGGACAGAAUUGAAGAAAGAUACGCCCCUAUUACGAGAAUACAGAGCGGUGUAACCCUUAUUACCAACAGAGCCCCACCCACCCCCUGCCUGCUCUACUUUCCCACAAUUCCUUGUAGUCUUGGCUCCAGUACAGAGACACAUGUGAACUGCAGCUGAUGUGGUCGAGAAGGUUCCCUAUAAGGAGCCUUAAUUUAUAUGCAUGUCGGCCCGUUUACGUAAAUAUCUGUGCAUCUGUGUAUGCUCUCGCUAAAAUUGGGUUUGCGAAGACUCAAACACGAGCAGAGAGAGAAGAAAACAGCAUAUCUGCUUUUUUACAGAACUUUGCAAGUGGAAUGAUAGCGACAUCUGCACUGAAUGUUCUCGGGGGCUGAGGAAAUUCUGAUUAUGUUUCAUGUGUAUUAGAUCAGCUACACAAAAGUUUAAUGGCGUCCAGAUGCGUUCUGUAUGUGUUUAGAGGGGUACACAUGAUGGAUUUAGGCUGACAGCCAUCUGCUCUAUUGACUUUUGACAGAGCUUGGCUGUCCUUCUCACCAUUUAUUCGUAUCUGAUGGCACAUAAAUCUAAUGCUGUUUUUAACAGUCAGUCCCACUGGGAUUACUGUUUAACACGCAGUGAAGCAUUACUGACGUUACCUCAGCGGGAAAACUGAGGGAAAGGAACUCCUGCGCCAAAACUAAUCAGAUUACAUUUGAGAUGAACAUGAAAUUCACAGUCAACCAAACACAGAAUAAUUAAACCGCUCUAUCACAGAGUAUUAAAUGUUAAAUACUUUAUAUAAAAGUACAUGCAGAAUCAUUUUAGACACUGUGGAUAAAAUAUAGUAUUGUUUUCAUGCUUAUUUACUACUUGCAUAGGCUAGGUUCAUCGUGCUAAUAUCAUAUUGAAAUGUAAUCUUUGAUUUGCAUCUGAAGAGGAAGAAGUGGGCCGCUACCAUAGACUGUAUUGGCUCCGCCUUCCACCAUUAUAUGGAUUUGAAGCCGAAUUGCUCUCGGUAUUUCCGGGUUUCUCCACUUUCUAGAACCAUCACUUGCGCAGUAGAGUUGUUGUUCGGCGGAAACAGCGUAUCCCCUGGUUGAACUAUGCAAUCUUCGUACGACCAUAGGCUGUAUCAGGUGUCAAUCAUAGAAAACAUGAAGCUCUAAUAUCUUUUAAAAAUGGAGCUGUACAGGAAAAAUAGGACUUGAGCACAAACCAGUCUUACAGUAACGACAAAAAAUUAUAUUCUGUGUAAUAAAUUUCUAAAGUUUGUCUACAGCCCCAUAGAGAUUACUGGAGGAGGUGGGAUUUAUGACCUAUACUGCAGCCUGUCACCAGAGGGUGCUGUUCUUGGGUUGGCUUCACCCAGCUGCUACUAAGCUAGCUCGAUCAGCCUUCUGAGUGGAAACUGAAUGCUUUAAAACUUAGAUUUCAGGAUUAAUUGUGAAAUAUCAAAGCUCAGAUGACUAAUCAAUUGAAAAUGUUUACUUUUUAUUGUUUCUUUGACUGUUUAAUAAACUACCUGAAGUACUACACUUCAAAAUAAAAGCAUAGUAUGACGAAGGAGGAAAUAAAGGUACUCAAACACAAGACAGAAAAAAUAUUAACAUGAAAGCAUGAUAAUGGUUUAACAUUUUUAGAAAUGGAUGGAUUUCAAGUUUUCCAUAAAUCCUGAGGUAAAAAUCUGACAUGGGGACAGCCCUACUGUGAUCUAAAUACUAUAGCAAAACUCCUGAUAGCUAAUGAAGCUAAACCUGCAGCAUAAUUCAUCAUUCCCAGCCUUAAAAACACAAGGUCUGAUGAUUGUAGUUAUGAGUUUCUUCAUUUUGGAUUUCAAAAUAAAACAAAUCCAGCCCACAUUUAGCAGAAAAAGUACCUGCGAUUGCCGGUGUUUAAAUAAACGGCUCCUGUUGUCUGUUUUCCAGAUUCUGGAUGAAGUGGAGAAAAGGAGGGCGAUCUCUCCUGCUCUGGUGCAACCCUUUAUGAGAGGCAUAAUGGAGGCUCCCUUCCCUGCUCCUGGUCGAACCAUCACUGUCAAAAACUUCCUACCUGGUUCUGGGACAGAGGUAAGAUGAUGGUGCUGUCAGAAAGAUAAGAAAGCACGUUAGUUUCUGUAGGUGUCUAAAGAUUUGCCAUCUCUUUCUUUCUGUUGUUUACUUUUGUUUAUCCCACAGGUGAUCGAGCUGUGUCGGCCCUCUGAUUCUCGACUGGAACAUGUGGACUUUGAAUGUCUCUUCUCCUCCUUGAGUCUACGUCUCCUCCUGCGAGUGUUCGCCUCCCUGCUGCUCGAGCGCAGGGUCAUCUUCACCGCAGACAAACUCAGGUUGGCUCUCGAGACGCCUUUUUUUGAUUUAAAGCGUUUUGUUGCUGCAAAAAUCAGGUGUUAAAGAGUCUGAAGGAUGUGACAGAGAGACAAACAGUCUGAGGAGGAGAAGGUCCUGACCGAGUGUGAGAGGAAAGAAUGCUGUUGUGUUUUACAGUCACCAGGGGAACAAUCACUUCUCCUCUGGAAAACUGUCAUGGAGGCCAGAUAGAUGGAGUUAGGGAUUCAGAGGGUGACUACAUGUGUGCGCAAUGACGCCAUCAUGACCACACAGUCCACAUAAGACCUUGGCUGUUUGUUAUUGCUCUGAUUAACACGUGGACUGAGCAGAAUCAGUCCUUCUACUUGUCUGUGGAGUACUUGUCUCUUCUUUUCCUCGCCUAUUUAUUGUUGAGUCGAAAGCAGCUUAGGAAGCACUUCUCACCAGAUCUCACAUGCACAUCACGUUGCACAUUUUCUUACCUAAAGUGGAAACUUGGCCUCAUCAAUUAAUUUUUUAAGGAUUUAACUGUGAGCAGAUGCACACCCUGGAGGGAUUAAGUUAACAGCACGGGGGUGAGUGCGGUUGCUACCGCUUUAUAGUUUUUAUCAGCCUUACAUCACCCUCCUCUUGGAGACGCAGUAUAAAAUUCCUCUCAGGGUAAUAAUGGGCUUGUCGAGCAACAGGAAUGAACUUUAACAUCAUGUUCCAUAAUAAGUAAAUGAUGGCAGGAGAGGUUUCUCAUCGGGGUGGAUUUAGCACCAUCUAGUGACAGAGAGCAGAUAGACGUAACUUUAAAUCCUAGAUUGGCUGAGAUCUGGUUUUGUAUACUCUGAAAACUGUUUCCUUCAUACCUGAUUUAACCUACAGUAGUCGUCACUAUUUCUUUUUCCUCCUGUCUUCUUGCAGCACGCUGUCUCAGUGUUGUCACGCUGUCGUGGCUCUGCUCUAUCCCUUUACCUGGCAGCACACGUACAUCCCCGUGCUCCCGCCCUCCAUGCUGGACAUCGUCUGCACCCCCACCCCCUUCAUAGUCGGCCUUCUCUCCAGCUCUCUGCCUCGACUCAAAGAGUUGCCCAUAGAAGAGGUGAGAGUAGCUUUAUGCUAGUCUGUGAUGAGCUCACUUCAGGGACCUUUUCUCCACUGCAGGAAAUGACUUCACUCUCCUUCUGCUCUUCUCUCAGGUCCUGGUGGUCGACCUUGGCAACAGCCGCUUCCUCAGACAGGUAGGAUUCAUAAAACCAUGAAGAAAACAGCCACUCUGAGAUUCACAUGUGGUGAUUGUAGCAGAUGUUCUGCGGAUUCAUUCAGCUUCUCUCCACUGACUGUAUCUACAUCUGUAAUCCGUCCUCUGCAGCUCGAUGAUGAGGACUCCAUUCUUCCUCACAAGCUGCAGGCUGCUCUUGAGCACGUGCUGGACAAGAGACGGGAGCUGGCCUGUGAGAAAGGAGAUCUGCCCAAUGGUGACUCAUUACACAUAUUACAGUAUCUUCUCUCUCAAGAUGUCCUGUAAUCAUAAAAUACGGUAAAAAUACUGUUAAUCCUGAAGACAGUUCUGUAACAAAUCAACCAAGAACAAGAAACAACUACAGAAAUACAGUAAGAUACUGUUAAUCCUAAAGACACAACUGUAAAAAUUAACCAGAAAGGAGAAACAACUUCAAAAAUACAGUGAGAUACUGUUAAUCCUGAGGACAGUACUGUAAAAAUGAAUAAAAACUAAGAAUGAAAAACAACUACAGGAAAAUACAGUAAGAUACUGUUAAUCCUAAAGACAGUAAAAAUUUGACCAAGACUGAGACACAACUACAGGAAAAUACAGUAAGAUGCUGUUAAUCCUAAAGACAAUUCUGUGAAAAUUUAACCAAAAAUGAGAAACAACUACAGAAAUACAGUAAAAUACUGUUAAUCCUGAAGACAGUAUUGUAAAAAUGAACCAAAAAUGAGACACAACUACACAAAUACAGUAAGAUACUGUACUGUAAAAAUUUUACCAAAACCGAGAAACAACUACAGGAAAAUACAGUAAGAUACUGUUAAUCCUAAAGACAAUUCUGUGAAAAUUUAACCAAAAAUGAGAAACAACUACAGAAAUACAGUAAGAUACUGUUAAUCCUGAAGACAGUAUUGUAAAAAUUAACCAAAAAUGAGACACAACUACAGAAAUACAGUACGAUACUGUUAAUCCUGAAGACAGUACUGUAAAAAUGUAACCGAGAAUGGAAAAACAACUACAGAAAUACAGUAGGAUGCUGUUAAUCCUGAAGACAGUUCUGUGAAAAUUCUACCAAGGACAAGAAACAACUACAGAAAUACAGUAAGAUACUGUUAAUCCUCAUCUUCCUUCAAAUAUAUUAUUAUCAGUGUUUUUAGGAAACUUACACUGACCUGCUGUAGGAUCAGUUAUCACCGCAGUUCAAAAUUACAUAAAUUUUUUUAUUUUUUUAGUUGGAAGAGCAUCACCAAACACAACAUUUAGCUCCAGCAUUUGCUUUAAUUUUCCAGCGUCCCUGAGCCGUUCCCAUAGUUGAGCUGCCAGAUGCAUCUAAUAAUCAUUUAUCAUAAGGCAACUUCUUAAGGAUUUGUCAUAACUUUCAACAUUCUUUCUGUAAACUCUAAAUAGUCCUCGUUGUUUUAUUUUAAGGUUCUAUCAGGCAUCUUGAUAAUGAUCUUCUUCAGAUAGUAUUUCUGUCAGUAAUCCUGUUUUCGUUUAAUCUUAUUGUUCAUGUUUUGUUUCUUCUCCCUCCUGUCCAUCUCUCCUCCACCUCCACCUCUAGACUCCAGCUCCCUCAGCACGGUGGUGUCCGAAGCCUUUGUGCGUUUCUUCGUGGAGAUGGUGGGCCACUACUCCCUCUUCAUGGGCGGAGCAGAGCGAGACGACGAGUCCGUCUCCUCCCCCACUUUGCCCAGCCCCUCGUCUUCGUCGUCCUCCUCUCCUCUCUUAUCUUUUCAGCGUGACGCCUUUCGCAAAGCGGUCACUUCCAAGAGCUUGAGGAGGUUCCUGGAGGUGUUCAUGGAGACACAGAUGUUCACUGGUUUCAUCCAGGAGAGGGAUCUGCGCAGGCAGGGCCUCAGAGGUACUGAGAUUUGAUUUUCUACAUCAGUGAUACAGAGAAAUUCCCAAACUCGGUGAAAAGAAAGAAAGAACUGUUGAAUUUUAUUGUUUAAUCCUUGGUCUAAGAGGCAGUCUCACUCAUAAGGAGAUGAUAAGUCUUUAUUUUAGUGCAAAGGGUCCAGAAAAAUGAGCAACACACUGUGAUUCUGUAUAGACAAGUUAGAUUUAAGAUAACUGAAGUGGUUAUUUUAUUUCCAGGUCUGUUUGAGGUGAGAGCACAAGAGUAUCUGGACUCACUGCCCGGGAGCGAGCAACGAGGAGUCAACAAGUUCCUAAAGGGUCUAGGUGAGAUUUAAUGAAUUUCAUCAAACAUUUCCACCUUCAGAUUUAGGUCAGAGCAUCUUCUCUUCCUCGUUAGUUUACCAAACUUCAACUCCCAAAGUUACAGCCUGUUGUUGACCCCUCAUAUACUCUCCUGUCUGCACAGAUAGGACUCAACUUUACCACCAAAGUACUAUCAGCCAAUUCCACUCCACAUCAGUCCUAAAUAUUUUCAUCUUUGCUAUAUUUUUCAGGAAACAAGAUGAAAUUCCUGUCCAAGAAAUGAUGUUUGGAGUCAGGAGUCAUCAGUGAAAAUGAGUUGUGAAGGACAACAUGGAGUGAAAGAACAUGCACCCUGGAUGUGGAGAACAUAGCGAUGAAGAUGUAUCAGGGGAAAGCACGACCCUCUGGGGGAAACGGACUCAAAGUUUGUGUGAAUCUGAGGGACACAGAGGUUUAGCUCCCAGCUUGAUUCCCCAAGUGUCUUGGAGGGUCGACUCAGCUCGGACCAAAAGACCCUUCAACCCGGUAAAAGAGGAGGUCCUCCGUGUCCUGAUGUUUUCUAAAAAUCCCUGUUAUUUCCCUGUAGUGUGUUACUGUACUGCACAACACAGUGUAAAUGUUUUUAGGAAGAGUGUUCUCCCUUUUCCAGCAUUAACUUCACCUUCAAAUCUGUGCGGAUCCGUAUCGCUGAAGGCCUCAUUUUGUACAAUACUUUCCUACACAUUCCAAGUAUUUUCUAUAGGAGCCUUCAUAAAUACAGUAGAACAACUUCUUUAUAAACAGGAGGCUUUUAAGUUAAUUUAUAUUCUUUUUUUAGGUAAACUUAAUCUUUUUUUUUAUUUCAAAUGAGUGCAAAGAUAUCUCCUGUAGUUUGCAAUAGGACUUAUUUAACAGAGUCUAGUUCAGACUGUUUGUAGACCACUUUGGGUUGUUGUUAGGUAAAUGUACCACUGUUGUAAGUAAAUUGACUUUGAAAUGAAAAAGGCAUGAGCACCAAAAAUUUAAGCUGACGAUAUUGUAAAGACAGGAGGAAAACAAUGUGAAUUCAUCUCUCACUUUGGUUUGAAUAGAGGGUUUGGAUGUUUAGGGAGGACGUGUGUGUUCGGCUCAUCAGUAUCAGAGGGUCUCACAACAGAAACUUGGUUUGCCUUGGACUUGAUUAAGAAUGCAAUGAAAGUUUAUCUCAAUAAAAUGAUUGAAUUUUUGAACUCAAA